GGAUYUGGGCAGGUGCGYCYGUAGACUGAGGGGGGGCCUGGCUCGUGGCGGCCGUCGUGCUAGGGGCGUGGACAGUCACCAAGAUGGCCGGGUCAGGGGCAACGGAGGAGGAAGCUCUGCCGUGGCCACCCGGUCGGAGGACGGGGGACCCGGACUGGGAGCCAGGAGAUGACGGACGCGCAGCAGGUUCGUCCAAGAUGAAGAACAAAGUGGGACAGUCGAAUCCGGGCAGGGCUGUUUCAGCACGGCCAAGCCAAUCACGCGGCAGCACAGGGGGACCAACAGCGCCUCGGGUCAUGUUCGUUAAGGAACUAGAAUUUGAGACGCAGGUCCACAACGAGAUGAACGAAGAUUAUGGCGAUGAAGAGGUGGCAGUUGAGGAAGAGGAGGAAGAGGAGGUAGAAGAGGAGGAAGAGGAGGCAGAGGAGGAGGAAGACGAGGAAGAAGAGGAAGAGGAGGAAGAAGAGGAAGAGGAGGAAGGAGAAGAGGGAGACGAGGAAGAAGAGGAGGAAGAGAAGGAAGAGGAGGAAGAGGAGGAAGAGGAGGAAGAGGAGGAAGGAGAAGAGGGAGAGGAGGAAGAAGAGGAGGAAGAGGAGGAAAAGGAGGACCAAGAGGAGGAAGACAUGGAGAUUGUCUGUGGGAAGGGGAAAAAGAAAUGGGUGAACGAUACACUCAUAAACACGAAAUUGCGAAAAGACCUUUUUCCGUUCUUCUGGGCCGUCUGCAUCACAGCUGCUGGAUUAAAGUUGUACGUGCAGUCGGAGAACAAGGCACAGUAUAAAUGCUAUGGUGAGAUCGUCUGCGCGAGUUGGCUUUUCGAGAACAAGCAGUACUUUGCUGAAAUUUGGGUCAUUGCUGCCAACAAGCCUGUGAGCUUCAUACUUCGAAAGAAUAAAUUCGUGCCAAGCAAAUUUCCUAUAGAGAACAAAAAGUUGGCGGCAGCGAACAAGAAGGACUUCAAGAGAUUCUUCCAAGAACUUGCGCAUUACUUAAGUCCCCGUUUGACUCACAAUCUUCUUCCAUUCAAACCGCAGCCGAAGCCUGUAGGGAUCGCAACCCCCGGCCCGUCGAGACACAGGAGUUCGAGUGAGAGACCGAGGGCUGCGACUGAUGUCGUUUCCCCACAGACAUGCGUGGAGUCAUCAGGACCUCUGGAGAGAGGGUCGGGCACGAAAGCGAUUGGUGUAAAAAAGAAGAUAUGCGCUACUAAGCCUGCUGCGUCUGACAAAGGGAGAGGGAAAGCUACCAUGUCUGAGAAAGGGAAAGGGAAAGGUGCUGCGUCUGGGAAAGUGAAAGAGAAAGCUGCACAAGAGGAGCUGCAAGUACCUCGAGGUCUCGUGCCAGGCGAACUUACCGACGAGAUGGCACGGGCCUGGGAUGAACUUCAAAGUUUGCAGCAGAAGAAAAUUUCCCAAGAGCCAUUUUAUCUUCCCAUGACAUGUCUCAAGAGACCAUACGAUGGAUGGGACGAGAAACAGGCCUUUGGAGAGGUCGCUCCUAUAUCAAGCGAAUUCGAGGGCGGGAAGCAGAUAAGGAAAGGGAAAAGGUUGGACAAGGCGGCAGCAAGGGGACAGGAGAUAGCGUUUUUCAAUCCACGCCUGAAGUUAAAGGACAACAAAAUCCCGCUGGUGCCAUGCGACAUGCCCGCGCAUCCAUGGAUUACGAUGGGCAACGUCCCUCAGGAAGCAAUCGUCCCUAUUCUGACGGAGGUCAUCUCCAAACAGAUCUCCCUCGACGAAAUGGAGAGGAAGUUCAAAGUCGUCAAGAAGUUUGGCUACGUCGCGAAGACCUUCUGCGAUGGUGUGAGAUGCAAGGACUUCAAAACUGCUGACGAAUUGUAUCCUUUGCACACCACAAAGGAGGUUCUUGAACCCUUCAUCGGCAGUUUUGACAGGCGCGGGGCUAAGCCCACUGCUUUGUUGGACCACAUAGAACGAGCCAAGCACUGGAGGAAGAUGGAGGACAAGAGAAUAAAGGAGGCAAAAAAAGCAACUCGCGAUUUCUUUCCAGCUGCGGCUUUGGACGAGUCUUUCGUUGACUGGACGGAGGUCAAACAUGACGGGUGCGCAGGCUUGGUCAAGGUGAUUCAGGGUGACAUGUUGCAUUUGUCACAGCUGCAGAAGGAAAAGUUUCUAAUUUCUCUCACUAUCUUUGACUCUCCUUACGGUUUUGCCCACAAAGGUCAUGCACGUGACACGGAGCCAUUCCCUGAGCAUGACAUUGUGGAUGUGCUGCAGAAUGCCAAGCAGGUUACUAGUGCAGCGAUGUGGACAGUCGCUGGUUUCUGCUCUGUGGACAUGCUUCCCUCAGUCCGGUCUGCGUUUGCGAAAGUCUGCAAUGCUGGCCAAUGGCUUCUCACGUGGUGCAAGCCCAACGUGACAAAUCUCGGUGGCCCCAGGCUUGUCAACGCGACGGAGUUCUGCGUGUUGGGGUACUACAAUGUGACGGGGCAGCGUGAGAUGGCUCAUUAUAACUUUUCCCCGACUGAUCCCUGCCACAAUUUUCAGCUUUUUGAUACAGUCACGCGCAAGUUUGUGCACCCGAGUGACAACUUAGUGUUGUGUCCGUACCAAAAGCCGUACACUCUGUACUACUGGUUAGUCAGGAAGUUCUCACCUCCCGGCGUUAUGGUUUUGGACGGCUUCUCUGGCUCAGGUACGUGGGCCAUUGUCUGCGUUUUGGCCAACAGGAACUGCCUUGUUGUGGAACUGGACAAACGCUGCGCAAAGGGGAUCCGGAUGAGACUCCUCACCUACAUCGAGGAGACAUUAAGAAGAGAAAAGUCGAGAAAGGGAAAGGGCAAGGGGAAGCAACACCAGCAGGAUGUGGACAUUGAGGUCUCCGGGGACAACGAACCGGUGACACACGAAAAGACCACUGAGACUCAAGAGCCGGUUCCUGGUAUUUUAGCAGCGGGUCAGUCUACAGCGGAGGCCAGUGUCAACUGAGAGGCAGCAACAGCUGCCCAACAGCAGGGGACGGAUGUGGCCGCUGCCAUUCAGCAUGACGUGGAGAGGGAGGAUCUCGGCGCAGCGUGAAAGAGGCGCAAAAUGCCAGUGCUGCAGGGCGAGCGUGAAGAAGGCGAACUCUCUUAUCAGCGGGCGGUCACUGUCGAGACUGGUGAAGUCACUAGACUGUCUGCGGAUCGUGAGAGGGAGGACAUCGCACAGAGCUGCCACGGGCAAUACUCAUGGUCGUAAAAGAAAGGUCGGUAGAGAGGAGGUAGUUAGCUCCUUGGGUGGCGUCGUGGUAGGUCUGCGCAACCGCACACGUUGACCUGCCUAGGUACAGGUCUCUGAACUCUUGUAAAGGCGCAUAUAGUUCU